AUGGCGUCAAAGGCCGCGUCGAUCGCUGAAAAAGCCAGAGUCUUCCAGGGACUUGGACUUUAUUUCAGGGACGAACUGCAGAGCUCGUCAAAUAGGUGGGAGAAGCCAACACGGCUCAACCGACAGAGAGUCUCAAGAAUAGGACUGGGCCUGACUGACAGCCUUAUCGACCGCCUGCCUACAUCACGAAAUAUAGAGCCUGCUGAGACAGAUAUUUCGAGGUGGAGCAGUGACAGUAGCGAGAGCGACUACGAGAAGAGCGACAACGGCAUGGAGUCAGAAGUGGAGGAGUACAUCGAGGAGACCGUGGAGCAGAAACUUCAAAGGCAUCGUCGAUACUUCGAAGGCGAACCAUUAAUGCGGUGCUUGAAAGAGGAAGAAGCUCACCACCUCGAAUGGAUGGACGCCCUCUUCUACGACAAUCUUUGCCAUGAGGUUCAACACAAGGUUCAGGAAACAAGACGACAAGAUGUAGUUAAAGAAUAUUGGAGGAAUGUGCACGAGACGUUGGCUAUUGAUGAUUCGGAGAUCUCAGAUACAUCUGAUUUGAUGACAGAGUCGGAAGAUGAUCACGGAGAUAGAGAUACAGUCGUAUGCUCAUAUAUGGGGUUUAUGAGGAAGAGGGCUGCUGGAUGGAAGCGACCCUCAAAUAUUUGUCCUUCCAGUGGGAAGGAUCUCGACUUACAAGAAGUUCGAGAUUUAUUGACUGGGAAGAAGAAGAAGCUGGGAAGAGCAAAGACACUUGGAAAGGUUGAAGGGCAGAUAUCCGGAAAUAUAUCGAUGUCGUUCAGAGAAGAAGAUCUCGGACGAGCAGCAACGUUUGGAUGA